AUGGGAGGCUCAGUUUCAUUUUUGGAAGCUGAAAAGAAAACAUGGAUAUGGCAUACGUUACACUACGAUGAAAAUGCUCGAGAGGCUAGUCGAAAAACCUUAGCUACACCAGGGUGCUUUGCAGUAGGAAAAUAUGCAUGGCUUGGAAGAACUUUGAGCACUCAUUGUGGCGUCAGCUUUCACCAUUGGUUCGUUAGCGAUGGAACGUAUUUUAUUGAAUUUGGCUCAGCGAAUCUCAGCAUUUAUAGUGCUUUGGUUAAUAUCAAUACAUUAUGUCGUCAUGAAUAUGAAAAAAUUCAACGAUCGGAAUGUUUAAUUGAUGAAAUCAUGCGACGACGAAUGGAUCAGAUUGUUGGCUUAUCAAAUUAUUCGUUAUGUCUUCGUAAUUGCGAACAUGUUGCGAAUUAUGUUUUGUACGGAAGAUGGACAAGUAGUCAGAUGGAAAGUGGCGGGUUGUUAAUGAACAUCUUUCGUGAUUACAUGAUGAGCGAUCAAAAACGACUGGUGAAUACAUUUCCUGUUGAUAUUCGAAUUCGAGCUUUGAAUAAUAAAGUAAAUGCAAGUGGAGAUCAAAUUUACUCAUUUUUACAGCCGUAUUAUGUUCCAACACAAGUUGAUUAUUAUCUUGAUGCUGAUGAACCAACAUAUAACGUGUUAAUCAUAGGUCCUACCGGUGCUGGUAAAAGUCAUUUAAUUAACGUGAUUUUCAAUCAAGUAAUUUGUGAAUCAAGAAUUAGUCAUAUAGGUGUAACACCAGAAAUCGUGUUCAUACGUGGACAAGGUGAUAUUACAUCAGUCUCUCCUGAUAACAAAGAUCAGAACAAUAGGACUGUUGUUAAAAAUCGCCGAACUGUUUUAGUCAUUGACACAAUCGGCCUGUGUGAUACGCGAUUUACUGAUGAUGAGAUUUUUCAUCUUAUUAAAGGUCGAGUGAGUCGCAAUUUUAAAAUACUUCAUGCUGUUAUUGUCGUACUAUCAACUGAUCGAAUUAUAUCUGCUGUUGAAACGAAUGUCAAGCGAGUUUUAGACUGGUUGAAUUAUCGUUCGCACCCUGGCCGGUUUCUUUUUGUCUUUACGAAAGCAGAAAAUACGAACGAUGCUUUACAGAGCGAAUUACGAGAGCAAGCGAUAAGAAAACUUGGCCUAAUUUGCACUGAAAGAAAGGUGAUUGAAACAAGCGUACUAUACAGUUCUGUAGUUUAUGUAGGCUUUCCACGUGCAGAAACGUGUAAUGAAGCUGGUAUCGAGGCAAUUCGUCGUUCAUACGAUACUUUAAAACCGCUCCUAACUUUGGAACAUAGAAUGCCACCAAUUAGAUUAUCAGACGCAUGGUCAUGCACUAUUUUAUAA